UAACAGUGAAAGAGAAAUGUCAAAUUAAAAAAAAUUAAUUUUUCUUAAUUCAGUCUGAUCAUUUGUUUAUCUUCUAUCUUUAGUAAAUAUAUUAUAAAAAUAUACGCAAUUUUCGGGAGAUGGAGCAAUCAGUAGCCAGUAAAAAUAAAACUGGAGCUAGUACACUGUCUCCAAUAACCACGAACCAAUCAACUAUCGGAAUGGAGUCUGCGACUGAAGUAGUUAGGGAAAGUUGUAACAAAUUUCCGUCAUCGAAGUGGGUGAAGCUGAAUGUUGGUGGAAAAAUUUAUGUGACCACCUUAUGUACGUUGGUUAGUAAAGAGCCCGAUAGUAUGUUGGCGCGCAUGUUUUCGCAGGAUGGAAUGUUGCCUAGUGAACAAGACGAACAAGGUGCUUAUCUCAUAGAUCGCAGUGCGCACUAUUUUGAGCCAAUUCUAAAUUACUUGCGGCAUGGGCAACUGAUUGUGGACGCUCAUGUUAGCCUUGAAGGUGUAUUGGAAGAAGCGAGGUUUUUUGGAAUUUAUUCGCUUAUAAGUCAACUUGAACCCCAACUUGCACAAAUCAAUCGACCCAUAGACGAUAUGCCACUCACACGACGGGAUGUUAUUAAAGCAUUGAUUCAAACACCCCAUGCUAGUGAGUUGCGAUUUCAGGGCGUUAACCUGGCAGGUGCUGAUUUACGAAAGCUUGAUUUCCGUAAUAUUAAUUUUAAGUAUGCAUGUAUGCAACGGUGUAAUUUAUCACAUGCUAAUCUGACGUAUUGCUGUCUCGAACGCACCGACUUGGCCUAUGCGAAUUUGGAGUGUUCGCAACUCGUUUCAGUAAAGGGAUUGUGCGCUAAUAUGGAGGGCGCCAACUUACGCGGAUGUAACUUUGAGGAUCCGACUGGGGUCCGUACUAAUCUUGAAGGUGUCAAUCUUAAAGGUGCUUGCUUAGAAAGUAGCAACAUGGCAGGAAUAAAUCUACGUGUUGCCAAUUUAAAGGAUGCAAACAUGAAGAAUUGCAAUUUGCGUUCCGCUGUACUUGCAGGAGCCGAUUUGGAACGUUGUAAUUUAUCUGGCAGUGAUUUACAGGAAGCAAAUUUGCGUGGUGCCAAUUUGAAAGACGCUGAACUCACCCUUAUGGUGACACCAUUACACAUGGCUCAAGCCAUACGAUGAGGUGUGGCUACAUUAAAUGUUACCAUCCCACACCUUAAUUUUCCUGUGAUUUGAUACACUAUCUAUUUCUUGCUUGCGCUUAAUUUUCGGGAUUUAAUUGAAAUAAUAUUUUCAACACUGCAGAGCCAAGCAGAAAACAUUAUAGUGAUAGUCUGUAGAAACUAUUUACAUAAAAAUUAAUAUUAGAAAUUAAGAAAUUUCAUACUACGAAAAAUAACAAUGACUGAGGGACUUGCAUACAACAUCACUAGAGAGUUAAUUUUUAACAGGAAUGUCAUGUGUAUACAUUAUAAUCAUGCUAAAUUAAUCCGCAGAUAAUAAAAUCCCCGUAAGGUAUUAUUGUUA